AUGGCUGUGCCUUUGACGGAGUCGAAGGCUGUCUUUCUUGAGCGAUGUGAACUUGCUGGCUUGCCGUCAGGGUCACGUGAUGCUUUGGUUGCAAAGAACCUCAACACAUUAGCAAGCUUGGCAUUUGCUGCUGGGCAGCCGGGCGAGACACCAACAGAUGCUGCCCUUACUGCCUUGGUUCGAACGGGUGCUGAUGAGGUGCCAAUUGCAACGUUGGCAUCGCUGCGACGCCUGGUCUUCGAGGCGCAACUCCUCAUGACGGCUCAGGUCAAGCAGUUGAUCGAGCAGCGGGCCGAUGAUCAAAAGGCUGAGUUGGCCCCGGCAGAAAGGGCAUUAGCAAUGGACCUUGUGGGGGUGUGCAGCUACCACGUGAUCAUGGACUUUCACGAGUACUUGAUGUCGGUCUCCGCGCUGGGACAGACGGGAAACUUCCGUUGGAUGUCGAGCUUCCUCUUCUUCAAGGAGAUCCUAAAGUGGCUUUUCACCUUCUACCUCUGGGAGCUGCGAGCGGCUCCAGCGGAUCCAAACGAGGACAAGAUGAUGGAGCUGGUGGUGAUCCGAAG